AUGGCUUCCACAAGCUCUGUGGUCGGACGCACUUUCACCCUCCACUGUGCGCGCCGUGACCACCCUUCUCCGCCGAACUCUCAACUUACCAAGCUCUCGCCGGCGGUAAUUCCGGGAAGGAGGCAACUUCUGUUGCUCACGACGGCGACGACGGCGUUCAAGGCCGUGGAAUUGCCGUCUAGAGCGGACGACAUUGGACUGUUCGGACUGAGGAAGAAGCUGAAGAAGGCGGAGGAACAGGCUGAGGAACUAGUCAAGGAGAGUUUCGAGGCGGCUGAUAAGGGAAUCGAAGCUGCGGGGAAAGGAAUCGAAGCGGCGGAGAAAGGGUUGGAGACGGCCGAGAAAGGAUUAGAGGCGGCGGAGAAAGAGAUUGAAGAGACGGUGAGUUUUGGAGCGCUUGCUCAGGCGGGAGCGGUGGCCGGAGCUGAAUUCGUAGGGGUUCUGGUUGCCACUUCCAUUGUGAAUGGGAUUUUAGGGCCGGAAGCUCAGAAAUCUUGA